UGUUGUGUUUACAGUAAUAUCACAGUGCGCACGGGAAACAGGGAGACUAUGAGAAAGCGCAGCUGCUUCAUUCAACCACAUGGUUCCUCAACCGCACAGACAAGCUGCGCUGCAGACAGCCAGGCUCACAUAGGGGACUCGCAACGGCGUCUUUUAAGCCUCGCAGGGAGAAUUUUCAGCCGCACAGGCAGUUGAAAGCUGAUCUCCGAGGCGCACCUGUUAAAGUUUAAAGACUGAAAGUCUCUUAAAACGGACUGAACUCAAGAAGAGACACAGAGGAAACUUGGAUGAACUUUUAGAUCUUUAGAUUUGCUUCAAACUAAUAUAAGUGAGGAGCAUCUUUUUUUCCCUUCCCCACGUUUAAACUUUUUCAGUGACUGAACGCGUUCAGAUCCCUUUGGAAGGGGAGAUGGUGCAGCACAUGAGUCAAACAGAGAGCACCCACGCUCACUCUCCCGGUGGGGACUCCAUGGACAUGGGGGAAAUGGACCUGGAGAUGGACGCCUCUCCGGUCCCGGAGGGAUCCCCCUCCUCCAGGGAGCGCAGCGACCUGGCGUGGUGCAAAACCCCGACGGGUCACAUCAAGAGACCCAUGAACGCGUUCAUGGUGUGGUCUCAGAUCGAGAGGAGGAAGAUUAUGGAGCAGUCUCCGGACAUGCACAAUGCCGAGAUCUCCAAGCGGCUGGGGAAGCGCUGGAAGCUGCUGAAGGACACAGACAAGAUCCCAUUCAUCCGCGAGGCGGAGAGACUCCGGCUUAAGCACAUGGCCGACUACCCGGACUAUAAGUACCGACCCAGGAAGAAGGUCAAGUCCGGUAGCGCAGCUGGAAAGCAGGCGGAGCGCGCAGAGAAGAGCGGGGAGCGCAGCGCCAAAGCCGGCGGUGGUAAGAGGAGCCCCGCGUCCAAGUCAGUGAGCCGGACGCUGAAACAGGGGAGCAACAAGAGCGCUCCGGGACAAGAAUACGCAUCCAGCCUCUUCAAAUCCAGGUCAGCAUCCGGGGCCAGGCAGAUCCCGGAGAAGCGCCCAGGAGAGGCGAGGCGCACCCACGUGUUCGGCGGGACAGGCAGCCUGGAGAGCGGGCCUCCCUCCGUGGGCGUCCCGGCCAGUCCCACCCUGAGCAGCUCAGCCGAGUCCAAUGACCCGCUAAGCCUGUACGAGGAGCACAGCCCGGGCUCCACGGCGCGCCUCAGGUACGCCCGCGCCUCCUCUCCGACACCGUCAGCUUCCCACUCCUCAUCCUCCGUCUCCUCCGCAUCAUCGGACGAGGAAUUUGAAGAUGAGCGGCUCGAUCUGAACCAGAGCCCCGGCUUUGAGAGCGCGCCCCUGGGCGGCAUGGGCUUCUCCGACGCGGAGCUGGACCGGGACUUAGAUUGGGGAUUUGGGGAGUGCGGGGCAGGAUCUCACUUCGACUUCUCCGACUACUGCACUCCGGAGGUCAGCGAGAUGAUCUCGGGAGAGUGGCUGGAGUCCACCAUCUCCAACUUGGUGUUCACCUACUGAAUCAGCCCCUCUCCCGCGUAUGAACUCUUCUAUCCCUUACCAAGACAAGCCUGUGCGUCUAGACCAGAAGAUUUCCGCAAUUUUUUCACUUAAAAUAAACGAGAGUGAAUAAAAAGGAAAGAAAAGGGGGUGGCCUGUGUGCGCAGUGAAGCACCAGGUAUGCGCCGCUCAGACUUGGACAGCGCUCCUUGCGCUUGACGAGAGGAAAUGCUUAGUUUGCAUUUGGACAAGAAGUGGAGGAGGUAUGGAAUGUCAAACGUGCCACAAUUCAAAAAAUAAAUAAGUUGCUAAAUGAAAAUCUCUAUGUUAUAAUUAAAAAUUAAUUAAAUUAACUAAAAAACACACUUCUAUAAUUAUUAAAAUGUUAAAAAAUAUAUGAAUUUACAGAUGUCGAUGUAUAAAAUCAUUACCAUCUAUUCCCUGCACAUCGCGGUGUAAUUUAAAAAUGUGUAUAAUUUCUCGAGUUAAAUUAUUUCAUAAUCGUCUUCUGUAUUACAUCAUUAAUUAUUUUUCUCCCAGUCAGCCUCCCUCACCAGUCAGUAGGUGGGGCUAACGGUUCUACAGAUAAAGUGAAUCUGCUGUCAGGCUGUUUUGCAAAUUGAACAAUCAGAUGUUACUCACCAAUAAACAAGUCGUGGCCACAGUUUAAAUUAUUUUAAUAAUGUUAAACAAUGAAUUUAAACUUUUACUAAUCUUUUAAUCAAUCUUUAUAGUUUUCUUCUAUUCAUUUAAUGUAUUUUUGUUCUAUUGAGAUUAUAUGUAUGAUAUUUAUUUAGAAAAUGUAUCUAUUUAUUGGAUUGUGGCACUUUUGGCCCUCCAUACUGAGGAGGAGUGAAUGUAAGCAGAGAAGCUGCAGACCCUUAACUUAUUCCAUGCAGGAUGAGGACAGAGACUGAACUUUUUGAGUCUUGAUAAUUUUUUUUUUUUUUUUGCCUUUCUUUCUGGAACACUUGCUGGAGAGCUCUCGUGUUGUUGGUUUUUCUAAAACCCAGCCAAACCUCUCCGACCAUCAAGUUCAGGACAUUUUGUUUCCUCCUCAAAACUUAAUAUUUGUAGUAUGAACACGCAUGCCCUCCAAGAAGAGGAGGAAUUUCUUAUUUAAUGCGUAAAAAGAAAAUGUUCGUCUUUGCUGCGUAAUUACGCAAUUUGUGUGCGCAUAGGACACAAUUCACUAUCACCAGCUUCUCUCUCAACGGCAGGACUUAGAAUAAAGACUGACUCCAAACAGCAGAAACUUUUUUUAAGAAAAAAUACAAAAAAAAAACACUUUCGCACAAUUCAGGACCAAUGUUCUGCGCAUUCUAUCUGCCUAGUGCUUCAACUUUGUAGUUCUCGUGUCAGACAUUCUUUACAUAUAUGUACAGAGCCAGUCCAAGGUUUUAUGGGGCCCUGGGCAGAAUUUAAUGGGGGGCCAUCUAUCAGUUAAGGUCAUUGCCAAACAACCACAAAAGCAAGUCUUUCAUAUUGUCUAUGCUUUUUUUUUCAUUCUUUGUUAACCUUUGCUAGUUAUAGUAUUCUUUUUGGCUAACUAGAAAUCGUUAAAGGCAUUCAAUUUUUUAUUUUUUUUUGUCUUAUACUGUCUCUUGCAGUAGAUAGCCUACCAAGCAUUAGCUCCAAAAAAACCUAAUGCAAUUUCCUGCAGGCUAAGGUUUAGAAAACCUGGUCCAAGAAACUUUCAUAGCGAUUUAUGAGAACAAUAUUUCACAAACAGUAAAUCAACCAUUUGCGCUGUCUUUACAAGAAGCACAUUUUUUUAAACCUGUCCUGUGAAAUUUCAUGAUGUUUGGGACCCCCCAGACCAGCAGGGGGGGCCCAAAGCAACCCACAUACAGCUCAGUCCUUGGGCAGGCUCUGUUUAUAUAUUACUAUAUAUAUUGAUGUAUUUAUACUGGCCAAACUUUUUUAUACAUAGAAGUAUUGUUCUCGUACAGGUCUUGUUUGUGUUUGUGCACACACACACACACUCACACCUGUCUGUAUAUCCAGCUGAGGAAGGGCUAAGAAGUGUAUCUUAUUUAAAAAAGAAAAAAAAAAAGUGUCCGACUUCUCUCACUUUCAUAGAGAUUUUGAGUGUGUCAUGAUUUUCUACUUGUAUUUUUGUACAAAAUCUAUAAAAGGGGCAGCCCUGCAGCAUUGUUGUUCGCAUCUACAUUGGUGGUUUAGACGUGCAGAGGGGGCACAAUCUGACCUCACACAGUGUUUACAGUAUUUACCCACAUGCUUCUUAAAUGGCACAGUGACUCCAGCUUCACCAGCCGAGUAAACAAAGCACCACUGAGGCUCCUCUUGACUGUGUUUCCAGUCCACACGCACUCAGAACACACUCAAAUCGGAAGUCUCAAAGUGAAAGAUCCCAGAUCAGAGUCACUGUUUGGAUAGAGCUAAUACCUCUGUGUGCUUUGUUUUUUUUUUAAUAUAUGGAGAUAAGUUUUAUUUGAACCACUGGACUCAUUCCAAUUUUGCCUAGACUUUGGAGAGAGGAGGAAAUGUUUUUGAAGUGCUUCAUCUGUUAUUGCGCAAAUUGCAUCAAAAAAUAGUAUUUAACCUUUUUCUGUACCUGUUGGCUAAGUAUAGCAGGCUAUUUGUUUGUUUUUGUUUGUUUUUUUUAUAUUAUGGCAUGGCAAAUAGCAUUUGUAUUUCAGAUUCAGGUAUAUGUAGCUAUAGCUGUUGUGUUUAAGAUUUUUAAAAGAAUAAUAACAUGAAGAUAUUUAUGUAAACUGACUGUACUAUAAGCAAAGAUUGUGUGUUUUUAUGUAUGAUAAUGAUGAUCAACGACAGGCACUAGGACGGCCAUCUUUGGUGGAAGAUGAUUGUGGUCCAGGAGUUUCCUUUUAAAAAAAGAAGAAAAAAAAAUCCUCUGUUGUCCUUCUUUUUCUUUCCCAUUUGUGCAAUAUGUUGUGUUUGAUCAUGUUUUGUCCACUUCAGCCAAGAUCAUUUGAUGUCUUUUUGCUCAAAAACCAGCCAACAUUUGGGUCAAUCACUGCCUCUCAGACCUCUGUACAGAUUGUCUUUUUUUAUUUGUUUUUUUUUUCUUCCAAGAAGGAAAUAAAAUCAGCUG